GUUUUCUGUGGAAAGAUCAGGACUUUGUCAAGGAGGAAAAAUAUCUUUGAUAAAAUGGAGUUAAAUAAGUGCCCAAGUGCAUCAGUAGAAGAGGAUCAAAGACAAGGGGAUGGGGAGGAUGCUACUGCUGAUGCUGGCAAUUGUGUUGUCAGUGAAGAGCUGGAUCUGGUACAAAUGUAUCUUACCUGUUUACCGGACACCUACAUGAAAGCUAAAUUCACCCUGACAGCAUACCUGGCAUGCUGGUUAGUUCUGAAACUCUGCAAGAGAGCCUGUGAGAAAGGAGACUCUGCUUCUAAAAAGGUGCUCAGAGGAAGUGCCGCAAGAGGGACUGCUGGAGUGACAGAAGAGGAGACUACUUCUAAGAAGCCAAAGCACCAUACCCAAGUGCUGAGUCAAUUUCAGACCCCAGAGCCAACUGAAAACUACAUCACUGAAGGAGAGUUUGAAGAUGACCAGAGUUCUUCUGCCCCAAGCACGGUAGAGUUGGAAAUACGUGGGUCAAGCCAGGAAACAGAUGAAGAUUAUUUUGAGACCCAAUCGCAUCAGAGUGAAUCCUUGUCUGACAUAAAGACUGAGCCUUAUGAAAGUGUGUCAGACACAGAGUCUGUUGCCAGUGACGUAAGUGGAGAAACUUGCUUAAGUUCAAACUGCCUUUCUGCUGAAAAAAAAGAACCAUGCCAUACUUUUCCUGAUACCAAUGCAGAAAUACCCCCUCAUAAACUUCAUUGCAUGAGCCAACUGGAGUUGAGUCAAAAGGCACAAUUGGAGUUGUCUUCUGAUUUAAAAGUAGCACCAAGUAAAAGUGAAUUUUGUAUACAGACUACAAAAUCGAGAAGAGAAGAAGAGGCAGGAGAGGAAGAACUAAUAUUAACUAGUGAUCCCUCCAAUACUAGGUCUGGCACUAGUGGAGAGGACACUAUAUCUAAGACAGAGACUAAAUUGGUAGUGGAUGGAUUGCAAGGUGAAGCAAAGUCUGAAAACAAUAAAGUGCAAUCCUGUGCCAGCUCAGAACCAGCUGAAGAUGCUAUUGCAAAGAGUAAAAAAAGUCCAGCAGGAUUAAGCAUUGCUUGUCUGAAAGCAAACUCUGAAAGCUGUUUGACUUUUCCCGAAACUCAGCAAUUUCCUUUGCAGCCAGAUGUAGGAUCAAGCCAUAGUUUGCCUAAUAUUAAUUUUGAAACAAAUAGAACUGACAGUAAAAGAAACUCUGAGACAUUUGAAUUUCACUAUGAACUAGAUUCUAGAUCCCACAUAAAAUGCAGUCAGAGGAACUCAGUUAACAAUGAGGAAACUACAGCUACAAAGACAAGAAACAGAACUCCAGGGGCCACCCUUAAAACGGAUUCACUCUUAUACCAGCCCUGCCUAAAAUCCAAAUUUCAGCUUCCACCCAUGAGGCCAGAGAUCAAAGAAAGUAAAACAUGGCACAGUACACCUGAAAACAUAAAUGCUGGGGGCGAGAGAGACUACUUAGGUAACUGCAUUCAGCUUACAGAUAAAUUAAGAUUGUCAUGUUCCAGGAUACAUCUUGAAGGAUUGGGUUUUGAGUACACCUGGAAAAACAUAGAAAGGGUUGGUGGGAGCUCUGAAAAAGCAAUAAAAGUGGAGGGGAAAUUUGGCAUAAAAGGAUCACUCCUUAAUACCUGCCUAGACUCAAAUAACAGUCAGCUAUCUCAUCCAGCGGGCUCCCAGCAAAGUGCUGAAGCUAAUUUGCACACUGAAUCAGAGAAAUGUGGCCUUAACCCAGAAGCAGACAUGUGUGCUGAUGGCUUAUCUUCAGCACAGCUCCAACUGAGAGAUACCUCUGAGUGGGAUUCAAUAGAAAGGGAGACUCCCUCUGCCUUGGCUUCAGAGCCAAUGAGCGUAAAUGCUGAAGGAGAGGUAAGAAAAGCUAAAUGCAAAUCUGAGAGGGGUUUCAAAGCACACGGGUUCUCUCACAGCAUUAACUCUGAAUCUGGCAUCAGUGAGGACCAAGCAACUUGUCUUGUAGGUGUUUCUGCCAUUGCAGAAAACAAAGGUGAUAACUAUUUAGCAAACUAUGGCCCAGCUGUUAAAACACAGCUGAACAACUUGGAGGAGAGCAGCCCUGAAUCACCAAGUACUGAGGCUUGUGUGGGAGAAAGAGAUUCAGAGGAUUCUUCUGAACUGAAUUUGGGUUGGAAAUCCCUGGAGGCUACACUGAACUCUGGUGGCCAAGACAUUGCAGGAGAGCAGGACGUUUCGAUGCUGCAAAACCUGAAUUGCAAAAACAAUGCCUUACAGGGUCACUCUGAGCUUGUAACAACAAAUGGACAUCUCGCUGAUGCAGGAAAAAAGGAUGAGAAUGAUGGUGUUGAUGCCUGUUCUGUUGAAAUAGCUACCAAACCACAUUACAUGCACCAGGGGAAAAAGUUGAUGAAGCUCUCAGAGUUAAAACCUGCUUUGAUUAUAAUAUCUGUGGAGGAGAAGGGCUUGCAGUCCAAGAUGCUGAACGAUGACCGUCCUGCUGGAAUAAUAACUGGAACAUUAGGAGAACUAGCCAAUGAGGAUUUGGGGUCUCAUCCCGUUGCCAUAAAAGAACCCGAUGAAUCACAGAGAGAUCUGAAUGCAUAUUCCAGCCUUGAAGAGCAAACUCUGCCCAUACAGCCCAUCUCUGGCAAUGAAGAGGUGACCGCUGCUGGGAGCACAGGGCAAGAAGAAUCAGAAAUUGUGCAGCAGCAAGUAGAGAGAACAGAUCCAGAUUUGUCUUUAAAACUCAGCUGCAGUGGCUUCCCGGUAACCACUAUAAAAAAUGAAUCCAGUGGGGCUAAUUUACACUUGGAAGAUGUUACCGUUCCCUCGAAAGAAAAGGCAGAUGCAUGCAUUGGAGCACAUUUGAAAUCACCUGGCGUAAUUAUUGGGGGAAUCUGUCAGGUAGAGCCCUGCAGAACUAAUGCUGGGGUGCAGUCAGAAACAGAGCUGCUAAAAAAAUCACUCUUUGAAACAAGAGACAGCAAAGUGACUGAGGAAAAUGAGUUCAAUACAAGUCAAGGCCUAGAGCAAGAUAUAUGUGGAACUAGCGCAACAGCACUGGAAAAGAACAGGAUUAGUGGCCUGUGUCAGGGAGAUGGUGCUUAUGGUGACACCUUCGGGAGCAUCAUCUCUUGCGUACAGAGGCUAGAAAAGAAAGAAACUGAAAGCUGUAAUAUUUCAAAGGAACAAAUAGGCAUUAGUGAAGAUUCUCCCAGCAGAGAACUAAAGCUGGGCUCUACUGUGGAGGAGCUGGCGAGCCUUAGCAAAGACAAUGAACAGAAUCCAAAUGAGACCGAUGCUUUUAACUGUAUAGUGAAAACGGAGAGCCAAGAGGCCUCUGCCCUGGGUCUAGAUAAUGUAAGCACUAGCAGUGCUAACAGUGAGGAGAUGGAUGAGAAUUCGUUCCAUUUCUUGGGGAGUAACAGCAGUCUCUAUAAAGCUGUGCAGAAGCAGACCAAGACUGGGAAACCUUCCAAGUUUUUAGUGUUCUCAAAAAUAGCAUCUUUCAAGAAAACCAAGACAGCGGCUGCUGAAAACCUAGGUAGCAGCAGCUUCUUUGGCAGCAAAACAAAGACAGAAGAACUUGAUGCUGGGAAAGAGGAUGAAGACACAGAAAGCUUGCAGUCUUUUAAAAGCAGUUCACCCAGUUCUGCCUUCCAAAGAAAGGAAAGCUACACCUCUGAAUAUUCUGAUGAUGACGACUUAUUUUAUGAAAGACCUGCUGGAUUGUUCAGUAGAAUCAGCCUGAGGAAGGCUUCUGGCUCUGGUCGGAUACUGAUGGACAACAUAGACACAAAUUCUACUUCCCCCUCGUUGAAUGUCAAACACUCUGAAGCACGAGUCUUAGAAUCAGUUGAAAAUAAUGACAGUGAAGUGCCACAGUAUUCUGGGGUGAGGAAAUCCCUGAGUGAGAAUGAGUAUAAAAGAAACAAAAACCCAGAGGGUAAAAAAUUCAGGACAAGACUGGCCUUGGCACAUAAAUCCUUCUCAAGUUUCUUUGAAUCCAAAUCCCUGGAAAAGGAAAAUCCUGAACAGAGUCCCAAAGGAUCACUGAAACAUGAAAAGGAGAAAGCCAAGCUUCGCCAAAGCUCCUGGAAAGCAUUUCUGAAAAGCAGGGAGGCUGAUGGACUGAAAAAGCCAACCUUAGCAAGUUUAUCACCAUCACAGGAGAGUCUUAAAACAACCCGGGGCCACCAGCAAGGUCCUGGUAAUGUUACAAGAAGAACAUCCACAGAGACGCAGGAGAGCUCUAAUGGACAAGCAUAUUUGAGCUCAUAUGAGUUUAAUGCCACCUCCACGGAUGCCAACCAUUCUGACACCUCUGUGGAAUCCAUUGAGGUCUCUACACCUAUAGAUAUGAGAAGAAAAAGAGUACUAUCCUAUGAUCUGACUAUCAAAUGUCCAGAAUACCCAGACUAUGCUGAGCAGCGGGAAACAAUGGUCAACAGUUCAGAUACUUCUGAGGAAUACUGGCUGAGAUCUCCCUUUAGCCCCAGUGACCUGCAAUCACCGUUUACUCAGCUAAGCCCCUCUUGCCCCCAGCUAUCGACAUAUGAAGGUAAAGACAUGCCCUGUCGUCCCAUGAGCCCUAAACCACAAAGUCCAAGACCUGGCUCUCAACGUAAGAGUUUCCGUUAUCCCGGGAGAAUAAGUGCCACUUCCAUGAUUUCUCUUGGGAACAGCUCUGCUAUCGACAGCAAUUUAGAGGCACCCGAGAGGCCAAAGACACUGAAGCCCAGGGGUACUCUCUUGCUUUCUGUGCACUCACUGGACAAUGAAUACCUGAGAGAAGACAGUGGGAUAAGCAGCCAGUCACAGAUCAGCUUAAACACUGCUUCUUCAGUUAGCGAUAUACUCAGAGAUGAGGAUCCCCAACAGCAAAGUCAAAUGCCACCUGAAAAGAGGCCCAGUGAGAAAUGGGUUCUGCAUCGCAAAAAGAAGUCCCCUCAGAUCAUGCUGUCCCCACGGCCAUUCUCCAGCAUUGAGAGCAAAGUCUGGAUGCUCCCCUUCCUCACCCCAGAUGGAAAAGCCAAGAAGACGUCGCAGAGGAAGAGACUCAAACCCCUGUACAAGCGCUUCAGCUGUGACGACAUGUGGCUGGAGAGGUACCGGAAAAGGAAUCUAGAGAAGGAGACGCAGUUGGAGAGAGAGAUUCAAUUGAGGAACCUCCCAGAGGACCAGUUAAAAGCUAGAAUGAGUCUGUCCAUAACUUCUCCAGUUGCCUUUGAGAUUCUUCCCCUGAAGUUGCAUCCAUUUUCCCAGAGCACCCCAACAGGCUUAGACUGCGUGGGCUGGAGACGGCGUAUCUCAUUUCCUGUGAUCACUGAUGGGGCACUGGAUAAGACAGCUCUUGCAGAUGAUGUGGGAAGUGAGGAGGAUCUGUAUGAGGACUUUCGGAGUUCCAAUCACCGCUAUGGCCAUCCUGGAGGAGGAGGAGAACAACUUGCCAUCAAUGAGCUCAUCAGCGAUGGCAGCGUGGUAUACGCAGAAGCCCUCUGGGAUCAUGUCACCAUGGAUGACCAAGAGCUGGGAUUCAAGGCUGGCGAUGUCAUCGAAGUGAUGGAUGCUACCAACAAGGAGUGGUGGUGGGGGAGGAUCCUGGACAGCGAAGGCUGGUUUCCAGCCAGCUUUGUACGGCUCCGAGUGAACCAAGAUGAACCCAUGGAAGACUAUCCUAUGAAGGCAGAGGACGGCAAAGAGGAGGAUGCCAGCACCGCCGCCCGGCGUUAUGGAGUGGGGCAGACCAGCAAGGACCAAAUGAGGACCAAUGUUAUCAACGAGAUCAUAAGCACAGAGAGAGACUACAUCAAACACCUGAAGGACAUCUGUGAGGGUUACAUUAAGCAGUGCCGCAAGAGGGCUGACAUGUUUACAGAAGAACAGCUGAAGACAAUCUUUGGGAACAUCGAAGACAUUUACAAAUGCCAGAAAAAAUUUGUAAAAGCGCUGGAGAAGAAAUUCAACAAAGACCAUCCACACUUGAGUGAGGUCGGCUCCUGCUUCCUAGAAUAUCAAACAGAGUUCCAGAUAUACUCCGAGUACUGCAACAACCACCCCAACGCCUGCGUGGAGCUGUCCCGACUCACCAAAGUCAACAAGUAUGUCUACUUCUUUGAAGCGUGCCGCCUGCUUCAGAAGAUGAUAGACAUCUCUUUGGAUGGGUUUCUGCUGACUCCAGUGCAGAAAAUCUGCAAGUAUCCACUGCAGCUGGCUGAACUACUCAAAUAUACCAACCCCCAGCACAGGGAUUUUAAAGAUGUUGAAGCUGCCUUAAAUGCCAUGAAGAACGUUGCUCGACUGAUCAAUGAGAGAAAAAGGAGGCUGGAGAACAUAGACAAAAUUGCCCAGUGGCAGAGUUCCAUAGAGGACUGGGAGGGUGAAGACGUCCUAGUCAGAAGCUCAGAACUCAUCUAUUCUGGGGAAUUAACCAAAAUCUCCCAGCCUCAAGCGAAGAGCCAACAGAGAAUGUUCUUCCUCUUUGAUCACCAGCUGGUCUGCUGUAAGAAGGAUCUCCUGCGCCGGGACAUCCUCUAUUAUAAGAGUCGGAUCAACAUGGAUGACAUGGAAAUAGUGGAUGUGGAGGAUGGGAAGGAUAAGGACUUCAAUAUCAGUGUUAAAAAUGCAUUCAAGCUGCUCUGCAGGGACCCUGAGGAAGUCCACUUAUUCUGUGCAAAAAAGCCUGAACAGAAACAGCGCUGGCUCAAGGCAUUCGAGAAUGAAAGGAAACAGGUUCAGCUUGACCAGGAAACUGGUUUUUCAAUCACAGAGGUGCAGAAGAAGCAGGCGAUGCUGAAUGCCAACAAACAGCACCACACCGGAAAGCCUAAGGCUGUCACCAGGCCCUACUAUGACUUUCUGAUGCGUCAGAAGCACCCUUCUCUGCCUACCAACCUCCCCCAGCAGCAAGUCUUCAUGCUGGCAGAGCCCGCGCAAGCCCUCGAACUUCUGGCAGAACAUCAGCAGGCUGACACCCUUUCGGAAGUGAGGGGCAGCUCCCUAUUGUGCCUGAAUCCCUACUGAGAAAGCACUUUAGCCAUCUGUUCCAGCUGACGGACCCCCGGCUCCUCCAUCCCUCUGUUUGCAAAGGAUGGCGCAUGCUCCUUCCUUCCCUAUUUAUUCUGCAGACUGACUGUACUUGAAUGGGUCCGAAGUGGAACACUGUGUUGCGUGUUUUUGUGCCAGUCAAAGUGAGCCAGCCCUGCACAACACUCGGGAGCCAUACAAACCCCCAGGAAGAGAUCACGACAGGAUGGAGCCUGAACUGUUUUUCAUCUUACCCUUGUUGUCAGCUGCAUCUUGAACCAAUCCUCCCAGCUGUGAACAUUAUUGCUGUCUGACAACUGCCAGAGAGACUCUAGCCUUCAGCCAACUUGGCUGCCCAUGCAGAGAUGGCAGUUUGUCCAUUCCAACACCAGCCUGCUUGGUGUCUACUGAGCAUGCUCAGAACCAUGGUUCAUUGUUGCUGAUGUGAUGCACUUUUGGGGGGACUAAACCCUUCCUUUUACUGCCCCAAUUCCCGAGUUCAUCUUCAAAGAAAUGAUCUUACUACACGUUUAACAGACUGAUUAGCCUUUAUUGGCACUCAGAGAAGGCAACAAUGAUAUUGCUGUGCCCUUUUUCUUUUCCUUAGGUCAACACACCGCUGAACUAUAGUCCGUUAAAUGGUGCCAAUCAAACCCACAGCAUGAGUGAAGUACAUGCAUCUUGCAACCUAGUUGAUUUUCUUUGAGUUAUGUAAAAAAAAAAUGAGUUAGGAAAAAAAUGUGCCUAAAAUAAAUACUGUUGUCAGCUCCUUAGACUCUUCCCACUGUCACUCUGCCAUAUUUCCUGGCCAAUGAAAAUGUUAAACGUUUGUAAUGUGUUUAUUUAUGGCAAAUACAGAACUGUGUAUUUUGUAAGUUUGUAAUCAGUCCUGUCAGAUGUUGUUAACUUGAUGCCUGUUCGUCUGUCUUUCUUUUUUUUUUGUUAACAAAAAACAAAGGCCAACAUCUGCAAACUUAAUUCCCUUAAGUUAAGGUCCUAACUCCACAGUUGAGCUCCUUCGUUCAAAAUGGAUGGAUUUUUCCAAACCAGAGAACACGUACACCCCACCCCCCCAUAUUGAGGUGUAUUCCAGGUCACCUGCACCUUUGAAAAAAGAAAUCAGGCCAUUUAUAAGGUGCCUAAAUGUGGAAUUAAGAGCUUAGCAGUAGGCACGCAGGUUUGUAAAUUCUGGCCAAAAAGAAUUCAUUUAAUCCUCGGUUAGUAAAAGGAAAGAUUUGCCUUACAAUAGUGAAAGAGUUAGAAGCCAUAAGGACUGAAUUCCAUAGCUUAGAAGAAGUUGCGGCUGGUUGGAAGGAAAACACCCAUUCGUUCCAGCGUGUUGCUAUUGUGAGUAAGCACUAACUGUCUGCAAAGCUCAGAGUUCCAAUGUUUGCUGAUACUGUAGCUGACUGAAGUCUGGUUAUCCAGGGAUAUCUGAAUUCAGUAGCAUGUACAAAGUCAUUCUUGCACUAUAUCUUUCCCCUCGCCAGGGGCUACAUUUAAUUUCAUAAAGAAACUUGUAAAAGUGACAUACAGCCAGUGUUUGUGUCUUACACGUACAUGUCUGUCGGUGUGGUCCUCGUUCGGCCUCCUCACAAUCCUAGCUGCUUCUUUUCCUUGCUACAUAGGUGGCCAUGUGUCACUAGAGGCCACUCUGGAAGUGGCAUCUUUCAAAGUCCUCCUGGGGAUGGCAUAUCUGUCGAGAGAUACAGAGGAACCUGGAAAUAUGCUAGUCAGUUGGAAUUGAGUGCUCAAGGCUGCCAGUGGAAUUAAAGGCCAGCUUCCAAAUUCCUGUCCUAUCCCUUGACAGGUUACAGCACUGAAUUUCCUGACAUCAGCCGGUCACUUCAAAGCAAGUGCAUCAUUCAUGAUGGACCAUUUCCCAUCGAUACAUUGUAUUUAAAUAAGCUGCAGUGGAUGCCUGAGCCCUGGAUUUCUGUUUUGCCUCUCACUCCUGUGAGGAGAGAGAUGGGAACGCCGUUCCAAGAUGUAAAAAAUUGCCGGAAAGAACUUAUAUGUAGCCAUGCAGCAGCUGUAUAGCCCAGUACAGAGACUGUCAUGGGGUGUGGCCUUUCCGUGAACUUGCUGCAAAGGUCACCACCCUUUGUAACUGCAGACACAUGCCCAAUUUCCUCAGGCCUAGGAGACCCCUAUUUUGCAAUCCUCUCUGUGAAUGUUGAACUUUUCAGCUGAAGGACAAAUCUCUGCACAAGGUAAUUUUUUCAAGUUAUGGGGAAAGUGUAAGGUUUAAAUUCCAUGACGGAGCCAAAUUUCAAAAGAGUCCUCAAAAUUGGUCUUCUGAUUGUCUGGGCAACACUGCAUCAAUUGCAGGAGCAUAGUCUGUCACUUCUGCAAAUGCAUCUUCGACUUUGGGUAAACAGGUCCCUUAGAAAACUUUACUAUAUUCAGAAUAACAUCCUCUGAAGACUAUUGGUGUGAACAAACAUUCCUUUUAAUACUUGUUUGCAGUGUUGCCAUAGCCGUGUUGGACCCAGGCUGUGAGACACACAAGGUAGGUGAGGUAAUAGCUUUUAUUGGACCUAACUUGAUUAUGACACUUUGGUUACCUUCUCCAGACCUGAGGAAGAACUCUGUGAAGCUCAAAAACGUGUCUCUUCCACCAAAAGAAGUUGGUACAAUGAGAUGUUACACCUCACCCACUUCGUCUCAUUUCUUUUAAUAAUCAGCUAGCCUAAGUGUACAGCAGGAAAUAUUUCAUUUACUAAUGCUUUGGCCUUUUGCUUCUCUUGGUUGCAAUACCUGAUGAUAGUCUUCCUGCUGGUUUCCUCUUGCCCAUCCAACUCUGUACUCCGACUCGCUAUGGGAAUCAGAACUAAGCUAGCUACAGCCACGUCCUAACACCAGGGCUGACUAGUUGGAGCACGUAUGGUUUCACUGGCCACGAGUGGACAUGGAUUUUUUCCUCAGCCAACCACUCUACUAGAACCCAGGCAUAGACUUGGCCCCUUAACAAAGACUUGCUAAGAAGAAAUGUCUAUGCCAGCAGUUAGAGGCCUACGAAUGGAUCUACCACUGGCCCGACUUUGUUCAGAGUAGGCCUAGAUGGCAUACUGAUGAAAACACCUGCAGCAGCUGCUGCUGUUGAAUGCUCAAGGCUAGUAUGGUUUUUACUGAGCCUGUCUCUACAUAAGCCAAAAUCUGAAGCAUUAUUCACUACUACUAACUUGCCCUAGGGACACCUAAUGUGAUCCUGCCUUGGGCUUUUAAGUACAUAGUAGACUGUAAACAUGCAUGCCAAGGCCCUGUCUACGUUACGCCCUGUCUACAUUUUCUAAUCAUGCCCCACUGCUGCUUAUACAGGUGCCCCUGAGUUAGCAACCUAGGAAGCGCUCAUGGAGCUGGGCUGCUGCACAGUUGUUUUUUUAAAGCGUGUCCUGAGUAGGUCUAACGACCAUGGUACUAAACACCACCAGCAGCCUAACACCAAUCAGACCUGUUCAGCGCUGGCUUACCUGAGAUUGUGUUAAAACCUGCAGCCAUCACACUAGGGCCCCUAACGUUGCUAACACUGGUGGAGCUGAAGAAGCAUUAGCAAUGGUAUUUUCAGUGAAUGCUCCCACAGGGCCUCAGGAUCUAUGACUGGCAUGAUUACAAACCUUGUUAAGAAGUUGGGCUAGGUUGUAUCUGCUCUAAACCCUCCAUCAUUGCUACCACUGCUAGAGGUGAAUUAUGUAGACCCCCCAGACUACUACAGCCACUUUCGAAAUUGGCUUUCAACAUGAUCACAAGUCCCUGUAGGGUGGGGGCCUGAAAAUGUGACUUCAGCCUAACGUUUUGACCCACUCAUCAUUCGCCUUGGUAACAAUCCAUUCCUCUGGGGUUAGUGCAGUAAAUGUUCUGCCUGCUGCUUUAACCAUGUUACUGCUGCACCGGGCUUCAUCUUUGAAUACAAGCUUGCAAUGGAUGUCACAUGAGUCAUCGUUCCCCACACACGUACUGCCUUUGGGGUUCACGUGGCUAGGGAACUGAAUCACAUUUUAGCAAUGGAAUUACUUACAGAAAUCAGGAUUGUAGAAAAGGGCCCUUUAUCUACCAAUUAGAAGAGGAUUCAUGCUGAUCUCCCAGUGUCCUAGUUCAUUUAACUGAGCUGAUGGUGAUUUUCUGCCUUGAAGCAUCCUUGCGGCAUUCAGGUUGCCACACUUCACUCCACAAGAUUAUCACAGUCAGAGCUGGAUUGUGUUGCAGAAACAUUCAGCUUGACAGAAGGCACUGUUCUUUUUCUGUUUACCCUUCAUGUCUGCAUCUCUUCUCCUUUCCCCCUACCUCCCGCAAUAUGUCUGUUUUGAUUGGCCAGGAAGAAAAUAGGUUGGCAUGUAAGUGAUGAUUUUCUGACCAUGACUGUUUCAUGAUAUAUAGUCUGGGGAGCUGGUUUGUCCUGGUUUUAAACUCAGUUUUAAUUUCUAAAGCCAAUCAGCCUUGGGAUGUAGGCCAACUUCGUACACUGGUAUAAAUUGCGGUAAUUCCACUGAAGUAUAGAACCAGUCUAAGGGAGAGAAGGAGUCUUGAAAACCAAUUUUUUAAGUGAUUUGCUGUCCUAUUGUCCUCAUAGACAUAAUCUGCAGAGUUUAACUGUUUUACUAGUCUUGGUUCACACCUAGUUAGCGCACACUACAACUAUUUGUGAAGAGAAUCCUUUUCUAGACAUCUCUUUUCUAAUAGGUGCCAAGAUAGAUUAGUGCCGCCAAAUGAUGUCCCUUUUUAUGUAUUGUAUUGAGUACUUGUAAUUUAUUUCUGGUAGAGAGGGGUGUUCUGCUUAAAUGUUUGCUGUCAUUGGUAAUAUUUAAAAGUUCCUUCAGCUGUAAUUUUGGCCUUGUAAGAAACAUCAGAGCCUAGAAGCUGACCUCAGUUUAAGCCUAGCAUUAAGGAUACAUAUUGGUCACAUUGAAGAAAACGGGAGUUUUGCCGUUGAGUAGAAUCAGGGUUUAGCUCUAUAUUCAGUGGAGUUCCAGGAUUGACAGUUGUAUGAUCGAGACAAGGAUCUGACUCAUUUUUUUCCAAGAUUUCUUCCCAUGCACCAACAUGUGUAUAUACGAUAUAGCAAAUUCAUAUAGCAGCUAAUGGAUAGAAACCAGUUUACGUGGACAGAAUUUUAACAAGUAAUUGUCAUCCCAUGUCUUAUUUUAUAUUCCGUAAUAAUUCAGUGUUCUCUAAUCAUACAAGACCUAUUCCUUCAUGAAUGGACCAUUGUGUUAUCAGAUAUCUGUGUAUUAAAUAGACUGGUUUGCUAUGAUUAAAGUCAGAAAUUUUCUCCUGCA